AUGGCUACCCUACUCCCUGAGUCAUUGGAAGCGGGCAUUCGUGCGAUAGAGAUCGUCUGCUCCCCAGCACUCUCCGAGGCUAGAGUCACCGAAGAGACUUCUCAAUCCGAGCGCUCCUUGAAUGUUCCCAACUCUCCGCCCACUCCGCUAGGCCCCGCGCUAUUGGGAUUUUCCAGCAGCCAGAGUAGCCCGCUGCCGAGCAAGAAACGAAAAGCCAGAUCAUACUCUAGCUGGACCCUCGAGCAUUUCUAG